GCGGACGCCGCUCCGGGUCGCCUGGCAACCGGGUCGCCUGGCAACCGGGUCGCCUGGCAACGGGCGUGCGCUACAGAACCUUGCGCGCUGAAGCAGUGGUUUCUGCAGAGCUUCACUUUGAAAGCUACAGAGUCGCCCUGUGCAGGAGUGGGAGGCGUGGGAAGAUGGCCCACGCCCAGAUCUCCAAGUACCUGCCCCCUGACAUCAACCCCACCCAGGCUGCCAUUGCCUACGGCUGCCGGGCGCUGCCCAAGCUGAACGAGGAGCUGCAGUCGGAGGACCUGUUGACAAGGCAGAAAGCCCUCAUGGCCCUGUGUGACCUCAUGCACGACCCUGAGCACGUCUACACGGCCAUCCGCAUAGGCUGCCUGGAGAGCCUGAAAGCUUUGCUGAAGGACACCAACGACCUGGUGCGCAUCAAGACCACUGAGGUGCUCUAUGUCAUGGCCACCCACAACGUGGGCAGAGAUGGCUUUUUAGAGCAUGACGUCAUCCACGCCCUGUCCUUCCUGCUGAGCGACCCCCAAUCAGCCUGCCGGGAGAACCUGCACCUGGCCUUCAAGCACCUGGCGCAGCUGCCUGCAGGCGCCAAGGGCAUUGUCAACAGCAGCCUGAUCCCCUCGCUGGUGUGGAAGCUGCAGAGGGAGGAGGAAGGGAUCCAGGAGCUCCUCCUGGACACGCUGGCCGCCUGCCUGAUGGAGGACGCCACCGAGGCACUGGCCAGCCGGGCGGUGCCCUUCCUGAAGGAGAAGCUCCUGAGCGCCAACAGCAACAUCCGCAGCAAAGCCACCCAAGCACUAAUCGCAGUCAGCAUCCCCCUGGAGGGCAAGAACCAGAUGUGGCAGCACGACGUCAUCCCCAUCCUGGUGCACCUGCUGAAGGACAAGGAAGAGGAGGUGCAGGCCAAUGCAGCUGGGGCCCUCAUGUACGUCACAGUGACCACCGAAGGGAAGUACGCGGCCCUGGACGCGGAGGCCAUCCGUCCGCUGCUGGAGCUACUGCAGUCAUCCUUGAGCAAGGCGCGCCUCAAUGCCAUUAAGGUCCUCACCAUGCUGGCCGAGGCCCCCGAGGGCCGCAAGCUCCUGCAGUCCCACGUGCCCACCUUACGGGCCCUCGAGGAGGACACCAGCGCGGCUGUGCAGCGGGCAGCCCAGAUCGCCGUCAAAGUCAUUGAGUGGAAACCCUGAGCCUCUUACCGGCCCCACCUGCUGACUCCACGCCUGAAUAAACGCGCUGAAUCUCUUUA